AUGGACAAGCCCACCAACAUCCGUAACAUGAGUGUCAUUGCCCAUGUCGAUCACGGAAAGUCCACUCUCACCGACUCGCUGGUAUCGAAGGCCGGUAUCAUAGCCCAUGCAAAGGCUGGUGAAAUGCGUUUUACCGAUACUCGAGAUGACGAGAAGGAGCGUGGUAUCACCAUCAAAUCUACUGCCAUUUCAAUGUACUUUAAGGUCGACGAGGAGGAUGUUGGUGCUAUAAAACAAAAAACUGUUGGAACUGAGUUCUUAAUUAACUUGAUCGAUUCUCCUGGACACGUCGAUUUCUCUUCGGAAGUUACUGCUGCUCUCCGUGUCACUGACGGUGCUCUUGUUGUCGUUGAUUGCGUGGAGGGUGUUUGCGUGCAGACGGAAACAGUACUCCGACAAGCUCUCGCCGAGCGUAUCAAGCCCGUUGUUAUUAUCAACAAGGUUGAUCGUGCCCUCCUCGAACUCCAGGUCGACAAGGAAUCCCUGUACCAAUCUUUCCAACGUACCAUCGAGAACGUCAACGUCACCAUUUCCACUUACCACGAUGCUGCUCUCGGUGACGUUCAGGUAUAUCCUGAAAAAGGAACUGUGGCCUUUGGUUCAGGUCUCCACGGAUGGGGUUUCACCCUCCGUCAAUUCGCUGGAAGAUACGCCAAGAAGUUUGGUGUUGACAAGGACAAGAUGAUGACCAAGCUCUGGGGCGACAAUUAUUUCAACCCUGCCACCCGCAAGUGGACCACCGUUGGCACUGACGCUAGCGGUAAGGCCCUUGACCGUGCUUUCAACACCUUCGUGUUGGACCCCAUCUUCAAGAUCUUCGAUGCCGUCAUGAAUUUCAAGAAGGAUGCUAUCGGCCCCAUGCUCGACAAGCUCGACGUUAAACUUGCUCAGGAUGAGCGUGAUCUCGAAGGAAAGGCUCUCCUUAAGGUCAUCAUGCGCAAGUUCUUGCCCGCUGGUGAUUCCCUUUUGGAGAUGAUAGUCAUUAACCUUCCAUCCCCUGCCACUGCUCAACGGUACCGUGUUGAGACCCUCUACGAAGGCCCUAUGGACGAUGAGUCUGCUAUCGGUAUCCGUGAUUGCAACCCUGCUGGCCCCCUCGUCCUUUACGUCUCCAAGAUGGUGCCUACUUCCGAUAAGGGACGCUUCUAUGCGUUCGGUCGUGUGUUCUCUGGAACUGUCAAGUCCGGACCCAAGAUCCGUAUCCAGGGACCCAAUUAUCUCCCCGGAAAGAAGGACGAUCUCUUCAUCAAAUCUAUCCAACGCACUGUGCUCAUGAUGGGUCGUUACAUCGAACCUAUUGAAGAUUGCCCUGCUGGUAACAUCGUUGGUCUCGUCGGUAUCGAUCAGUUCUUGCUAAAGAGUGGAACCCUGACCACCUCCGAAACCGCCCACAACAUGCGUGUUAUGAGGUUCUCCGUCUCCCCUGUCGUGCAGGUUGCUGUUGAGGUCAAAAACGCUGCUGAUCUCCCCAAACUCGUUGAAGGUCUUAAGCGCCUAUCCAAGUCCGAUCCCUGUGUGCAAGCCUGGAUCUCUGAGACUGGUGAGCACAUUGUUGCUGGUGCUGGUGAGCUUCACUUGGAGAUUUGCUUGAAGGAUCUCCAAGAAGACCACGCUGGUGUCCCCCUCAAGAUUUCCGACCCCGUUGUUCCUUACCGUGAGACAGUCAAGACUGAGUCAAGCAUUGUGGCUCUCUCCAAGUCGCAGAACAAGCACAAUCGUCUCUUUGUCAAGGCUAUGCCCAUCGACGAGGAACUGACCAAGGCUAUCGAGGGAGGCAAGGUCAACGCCCGUGAUGAUUACAAGCUCCGUGCUCGUGUCCUUGCUGAUGAGUAUGGAUGGGAUGUCACUGAUGCCAGGAAGAUCUGGUGUUUCGGUCCCGACACCACUGGACCUAACUUGUUGGUUGAUGUGACCAAGGGAGUGCAGUACCUGAACGAAAUUAAGGACUCUUGCGUUGCUGCCUUCCAAUGGGCCACCAAGGAGGGUGUUACUUGCGAAGAGAACAUGCGUGGUGUCCGUGUCAACGUUCUUGAUGUCACUCUGCACACUGAUGCCAUCCAUCGUGGAGGAGGACAGAUUAUCCCCACUAUGCGUCGGGCCACCUAUGCUGCCUGCCUGCUGGCCACCCCCACUCUCCAGGAGCCCAUCUACCUCGUCGAGAUCCAAUGCCCUGAAAAUGCCAUCGGUGGCAUCUACAGUUGUCUGAACAAGCGCCGUGGACAGGUGUUCAGCGAGGAACAGAGGCCAGGAACGCCCAUGUUCACAGUGAAGGCGUUCCUGCCCGUCGCAGAGUCAUUUGGCUUCAACGGAGAGCUGCGCUCGCAUACUGCUGGACAGGCAUUCCCGCAGAGUGUGUUCGACCACUGGGAGAUCAUGAACGGAUCGCCGCUGGAGAAGGGCAGCAAGAUGGAGGAGCUUGUGAGGAAUAUCCGAGUGCGCAAGGGACUGAAGCCAGAAAUCCCGCCUCUGGACACAUACUACGACAAGCUCUAA